UUGAAAAAGUAAACUUUAGUAAAGUCAAAAGUUGAGAAUUUUUAUUGAACGAUAUGAAAAUUUAAAAGUUACUGCAUGAUUUCAUUUCGACCAAAACACCAGUUUUCCACCAGCAAUGGGAAAAAAACGUCGAGUUUGCUAUUGAACAAGUGCUUUUAUGCUGUCACUUUAUAGCAUGAUUAUGUUUUGUUUUUAACAAAAUAUUUGAUUUGGUAUUUAAAUAGUGCUCACUUUGUUGCAAUAUGUUUAACAUUAUCGUGACGAUCUUUUCUUCCAUGCUAACAAUUACUAGCUGCAACACCGUGCUAGUUGAAGAUAAUCGUGAAAAGAGAAGUCUAUCAGAAAACCUUGUUGUUGGUAUGGAUUAUUUGGGAAAGCCUCGAAUCGUGUGUCAUUGUUACGGUGAAGAAAUGCAAAAUUUGAUAUCAAAAAACAUGGCCAUGAAUCGACGAAGUUUCAUCGUAAAGGUGAACGUUGAUUCCACAAAGAAUUCUGGAAUUCGUGAAAAACGAACGGUUGUGAACAACACGGAACUUAUAUAUGCACCUGUCUGUUGCAAGAUCAAUUUGUCAAAUAAAAAAUCGUUUUACAGUUAUCCGUUCUCAGUAAACCUUGUUGCACUCAACUAUACGGAUGAUCUAAAAGAUGGUAACAGUGAAGCAAGCCAGGAAUUGAGCACAAUCCUUGUUGCUGGGUUAAAAACAGUUCUUGCGAAGGAAAAAAGCGUCGUUUCAAUUGGAGUUGAUAAGUUUAGCAAUAUCAGCGGUGGUGUGUUGGCCAAUAUCUAUCUGACAAUCCAAGGGAUGAUAACGCAAAGCAUUGUGGACACAUUAAAGGCAACAAUUUCAUCAGGAAAUCUUGGUGGUAUAGAGGUUCGCAUUGUACCAGAACCUAACAUUGAGAACGCUCAAGUGACCUAUUUAUCACGUUUGGACGAUGCUUUCUCCGCCACCCCUAGCGUCUCCAGCAGCACCGUCUCUGCUAGUUCCAUCUCUCCUUCGCCAACAAUCUCUGCCUCUUCCGAGAGCGGAAGUACAAAUACCACAGCAGCGUUGUCAACUAUCUUCAUCAUCUCAACAACUUCAGAAAUACAGACUAAUAGUUCUUCACUCAUGUCCAGUUCAAUAUUUAUAUCACCUACAUCGACAUUCAUCGUUGUUUCGACAUCAGAUCCCAUUAGUGAUCCUUCCGAUAAACCAGGCGCAAAACCAUAUGAUCCAAAUACUCCAGCGAAGUUAUUUGAUGUAGUCAUGGGACUGAUUCUGCCCAAUGUUACCGCAGAUAUUUCCAAUCCCAACAGUGCAGAAUAUGAAAAAAUUAAAUCAUCAAUUGAAGCUGGGAUCGCCGAAACUUAUAAGUCAAAUACAGACUUUGCUUCUGCUGUACUUAUCAGUUUAAAAUCACUGGGAGUAAGCAAAGUGUAUGCAGCCGUAAAACGAUCUACAACAACAGAAGUUACAGUGGAAGCUACAGUGAAGAUUGAAUUCAAAGUAGAGGCACCCGGUCAUUUGGCUGCUUUGAAUGAAACUAUCAAGAAUGGUAGCUUGGGUGAAUUAAAAGUUUAUCCUAAGUUAAAUGCAGCCAUUGUAAGCGAGUACAAUCCGAUCUCCUGUCCAGCGAUUUGUGUUGAUACAACUCUAUGUCAACCUUCAUGUCCUGCCAACUGUUGUGCUCCCUCUGUAUCUGUUUGUCAGCAGCCAUCAUGUCCAACCGCAUGCGCUCCGGGCUGCACUGACGCUUGCUGUUCAAUUGGGCAGAGAAGAGUUCGUCAAAAGUAUUAACUAUUGGGUUGAAGUUAUUUUAAAUGUAGAGCUCAUAUAGUAGUUCUUAUGACAGUAAACUCUUCGUAACUUAACUGUUCUUAAUCCAGUUGACAAGAUGUCAAUUGAAAUACACUUAAAAACAGAACCUUAAACAUUGUUAAAUCUGUUUGUCGUUGUCAGUAAUUUCAUCUUCUUUAUCAUUUUGCUCAAAUAUACUAGUCAUAUAUAAAGGGAACGUAAUAAAUUAUGUUUAGCUAACAACUUGAUAUACGUCGCGUUAAAAAAUCAACAUAAAAUUCAAGAUAGAACUAAGAUAAGAUUAAUCUUAUGACGCUUAAAACUACAUUUGACGAGGGCAUGACGAAAAUCAGCGGAAAUGAUUGUAAAUAAGAAUCAGUUCUUUGAUAAAAGUGGCUACGAUGCUGUUGCCAUCCGAA